AUGGGCUCUCCUGUGCUCCCAUGUGCAAGGCUCUUGAACCGCGCGCUGUCGCUCUUGGCACUGGUAUACCCUUCUGCUGCUCUUUAUUCGGAUGAGACCCAUCUGAGCAGCAAUUUCCUGACUGACUAUGAACCUGACCGUGGGGGUGUUGUUGACUCUUCACAAGAUGCAAGGCUGCAUGUUUUCACUUUUGAUUAUGCUAGUGUGCAAAUUCCUUGUGAAGUUACUCUUUGGAUACUCCUUGCCUCUCUUGCAAAAAUAGGUUUCCAUCUCUAUCACCGGUUACCAAGACUCAUGCCCGAAAGUUGUGUCCUGAUUGUCAUUGGAGCACUAGUUGGAGUGAUCAUUUUUGUCACUGAUCACAAAUCCCCACCAGUGAUGAACACGAGUAUUUACUUUCUGUAUCUCCUUCCACCUAUUGUUUUGGAGGAGGGUUAUUUCAUGCCAACUCGCCCAUUUUUUGAAAACUUUGGAUCCAUCUUAUGGUGGUCCGUGCUGGGCUCUCUCCUGAACUGCUUUGGCAUCGGCCUCUCCCUCUAUGGAAUCUGCCAGAUAGAAGCCUUUGGUCUGACUGACCUGAACCUGCUGCAGAACCUGCUCUUUGGCAGCAUGAUUUCAGCUGUUGAUCCUGUGGCAGCUCUGGAAGUUUUUGAAGAGGCCUCAGUUAAUGAGCAGCUUUAUAUGAUGAUUUUUGGAGAGUCAUUGCUAAAUGAUGGCAUAACUGUGGUGUUAUACAACAUCUUCAUCGCCUUCACCCAGAUGCACAGAUAUGAAGAGAUCGAAUCUAUUGAUAUUCUUGCUGGAUUUGCUCGCUUCUUUGUGGUUGGGCUUGGUGGUGUGCUCUUUGGCAUCGUCUUCGGAUUUGUUUCAGCAUUCAUGACUCGAUUCACCCACAACAUUUCCGCUAUCGAACCCCUGCUAGUCUUCAUGUUCAGCUAUCUAUCAUACCUGUCUGCUGAAAUCCUUUACAUCUCGGGCAUUUUGGCGAUGACAGCAUGUGCAGUGACGAUGAAAAAAUACGUGGAGGAAAAUGUUUCCCAGAAUUCCUAUACGACAAUAAAAUACUUCAUGAAGAUGCUAAGUAGUGUCAGUGAGACACUGAUUUUCAUGUUCAUGGGAGUGUCGACAGUUGGGAAGAACCACGAGUGGAACUGGGCCUUCAUUUGCUUCACUCUGCUCUUCUGCCUCAUUUGGCGGGCACUGAGUGUAUUUGCCCUCUUCUACAUCAGUAACAAAUUCCGAACGUAUCCCUUCACCUUCAAAGACCAGCUCAUUAUUUCCUACAGUGGCCUUCGAGGAGCCAGUAGCUUCUCUCUUGCAUUCUUGCUUCCAGUGCAUCUCUUCCCUAGGAAAAACUUGUUCAUUACUUCUACUCUGGUAGUUACAUACUUUACUGUGUUCCUCCAGGGAAUCACAAUUGGUCCACUGGUCAGAUAUCUAGAUGUUAGAAAGACCAACAAAAAGGAAUCCGUCAACGAAGAAAUUCAUGUGCGACUGAUGGAUCACUUGAAGGCUGGUAUUGAAGACAUAUGUGGACACUGGAGUCACUAUCAACUGAGAGAUAAGAGCAGCAGAAACCGGCACACGCACUGGCUCUCACAUGCAGAGGUGCUGUCCAUGAGGAAUGUCCUGGCGCAUAAUCUCUACCAAGUGCGACAGAGGGCACCAUCAUAUAGCCAGCACAACCUGCCUAUGGACGCAAAGGAGAAACAAGCUCAAGAAAUCCUAAUCCGUCGGCAGCAUAGCCUGAGGCAGAGUUGCAGGAAAGGAAACAGCCUGCCUUGGGGCAGACCGGCUGGCACUGAGGCUGUACGUUACCUUUCGCUGCCACAUGGCUCCCGGCAGCCUGCUAGGCGAAAACCCCGGCGUGUGACUUUUAGAGAUAAUCGUAGCAGUGACUCUGACUGUACGCUCCCGCUAACAUUCAAACCCCAGCCCCGACUACGACCCUUUGAAGUAAAGUACCGCCAGGAAGAGCUUAUUCCAAUGGCACACUUAGAGAGACAUGCUGGUUCCUCCACUCUGUCAGGUCGACGAGGAAAAUCAAUCACCAGGGUAGACACCCUAAAGCCAAAACCUCGAUUCACUUUGGGGGAAGUGAAAGAGUAUGAGUCAGAAGAAGAGACAGAAAUAAUGGCACCAGCCAGGCCAUUAGACAUAUGA